UAGCCGGUCUGCUCUUCCUGUCGAGGAAGAGGCGGAUCAAGACUUUCCUUCUAUGCAGUUGCCGAAUUUCCGACUUUUCGAUUUCUCUCCCUACUACUCGCCUAGCGCUGUCGCCCAGGAGACGACCUCAGGGCUGAGUGAAGAUAUGGAAGAUUACUUGUAAGUUAAUCAGCUAAUCGUCGGCACCCACUUAUGGAGACGAUUUGUCGCAGGCUUGAACUCUACUUUGAACACGUACAGCCCGCUUAUCCUCUCUUCCGCAAACCCCAGCCCGGCGAAAAAUGCAGCGCCGCCCACAUUCCCCCACGGCUGAAGAUGGCCAUUUUCUGCGUUUCGUCGCGCUUCGCAAGCCGCCAGGGCACUGAGCCCCUCCCAUCGCAAUCGGAAUUCGCAGAGCGAGCGGAUAACUCCGGUUAUAAGAGAGAACUGGACCUUAAUGAGAUUAAAACCUGCCUCUUGCUGUGUCUGCAUUAUUUCUCCGAGUCUCUGAACUGGCACACAUUAGCAGAAGUCGGAAAACUCACGCGCAUGGCCCAUCUCUACGGCCUUCGCUAUCUCGAGCAACAGGAAAACGGCGUCUUCUGGCAAGACGGAGCCGUUCUUGAGUGUGAUCCAGAGGAAUGGAGAAAUGUCUGGUGGUGCGUAUAUGCGCUAGACACCUGUUGUAAUGCUCUUACAGUAACCUCGCAUUCCUUCGCGUCAGGGUUGCAGAAAACGGCACUCUCAAUGACUUCCGUCGCCGAAUUCACGAACUCUUCGCACAUUGACUUGGAAUCGCUUUCCGAAGAACCGCAGUAUCUCCCAUCGGCCACGUCCAAAUACUGGGAAACCAUGAGUAGGAUCUUCGACCGGCCAUCGUGUCGCAGCCGCAACCUGUACAUCGCUACAUCUGCCCUAAUGAGAGCGGCCACGGACGUUCGCUGUCUUGUGCAGCAACAAAAUUGCAACGAGGACUUGAACCGCCGCCUACGAGAGCUUGAGACUGACUAUGCAGCUGUGAGGCUUGCCCUGCCCGCUUGGUAUUCCAACCCAUCCCGCAACUUAGCCAGUGGCGAGACAGAGAGGGAGCACCAGGAUCGUUUAGACACGCUAUUGCUCUCGUACUGCGCCUGCCUAACUAUUUCAAUUACUGCGGCACGAAGCGUAAUUUCAGACUCCCUCGAUGAUAGCUAUCUAAAACUGCAAGAGCACUGGCAGACAAUCCUAGCCAAAGUGCACGAAAUUGUUCUGGUGAUCCAGAAUUGGAAACCGCAGUAUUUCAGUUUCAUGAAUCCAAUGUGCUCUUACAUCGUUUUUCUUACUGGUUCCGUUGUCGCACUUGACCGCGCGAUGCAUCUCGGCACGCAGCCUGCGCUGUCCAACGCAUCAGGAGACCUGAACCUCAUGAUGCUCUUUCUGCGCCAGGUUGGCUGCUACUGGGCUGUAGGUAUGUGGCUGAUUCCUCUAGAAUCAAAAUGACUACAAUUUGUUAACUUUGAACGUGCUCCAGGGAACCGCCUUGCAGGUUAGUUUGAGAGAGCCCUGAUGGAUGAUAGUGAUGAUGACUGACGAAAGA